AUGAUUUUUAUAAAUAAUAUAAAAAAUCGAUUUUUUAAAGGUAAAAAAUGUAGAAUUGCAUUUAUUGAAGCAUUUACAACGAUGAUAUCAUGUAUAUUUUCAUUGAUACCAUAUGGAUUUGAAUUUAAUUUUAGUGUAUUAGUAUUGAUACCAGUUUAUGUUAUUUUAGCAUCAUGUUAUACCUCAUCAUAUACAAGUUUAACGAUUGGAGCAACCAUAUUCUAUGGAACAUGUGUAGCUAGUUUGUAUUGUUAUUUAAUUGUAUUAAUAACUAGAGAUAUCAUUUGGAUAACUUUUAUAACAACAUUCCUCUUCUCCUAUAUAAUGGCAACCAUUCACGUAACAGCAGGUAGAAAAUGGAUGGGUGGCUUAUUCUUUAAAAAAAUGUUAUUAGAUAUAAUCAUAGUACUAUAUUUUGCACCUGGUGGUAAAGAAAACAUUCAUUCAAAUAAUUGGCAAAAUUUAGUUGGCAGUGGUUUUAUAUUUUCAUCGAUGAUAAUUGGUCAUUUCAUAUCUCCAACUUUAGCAUCUCGUUUAUUCUUUUUUAAAACUUUAAAAACUUUUCAUUCAACUAGACUUUAUUUUCGUAUAAUUGGUCAUCAAUUAAAUGAAAAAUUAGAUUUAUUUACAAAUAAUCAACAAAAUCAACAAAAUCAACAAAAUCAACAAAAUCAACAAAAUAAUAAUAUUUUAAGAAUAUCGAAUAAUAGUGAAACAGAGAAUAAUAAAUUAAAAUUACCAUUAGCAAGAUCUACUUCAUUGGAAUAUUCUCAACAACAACAACAACAACAAUUGAAAAUAAAACAAACACAGAUUAUUUCACCAACAAGUAAUGAUAUAUCAUCAAGUAUGAUUAUUGAUGGUGAAUCUUCAACAAUUAUAGACUUUGAUCAAACAAAUAUUAAUUUAAAUGAAAAUAAUAAUAAUAAUAAUAAUAAUAAUAAUAAUAAUAAUAAUAAUAAUAAUAAUAAUAAUAAUAAUAAUAAUAAUAAUAAUAAUAAUAAUAAUAAUUAUAAUAAUAAUAAUAAUAAUUAUAAUUUAAAAAAUUUAUUUAAAAAUGAAAAAAAAAUUAAAAUAAAUGAAGAAAUUUAUUUACAAACCAGUGAAAAAGAAAUUCAAAAAAUUGAAAUUAAAUUUACAAAUGAAAUUAAUAGAAUGAUAACUAUCUUUAAUGAAUCUAAAUCAGAGAUUUGGAAUAAUGAUUUAAAUUCCAAUUAUAAUAAAGUGUUAACUAUAUUUGAAUUAUCAUUUAAACAAUUAGUUUCAAUAAAAGAAGCAAUAAAAAGUGGUUUUACUCCUUUAGCAAGUCAAGAAUUAAUCAGUCCAUUAAUUCCAUAUAUUGAAUGUUUGGUUGAAGAAGUUUAUUUACAAAUGGGUUUAAUGAUUGAUAUUUUGGAAUCAAAGGUACCUGAUUUUAUAAAAUCAGAUACAACUGUUAAUAAUAAUAAUAAUAAUAAUAAUAAUAAUGGUGGUGGUAGUGAAUUUAUUGUUAAAAAUGAUAAUAUAGACAUAGUUAGUUCAAUAUUAUAUCAAUCAUUUGAUGAAACUAAAGAUUUAGUUGAUAGAGUUAAAUUAGAAUUUAGAGAAUCUGUUAAUCAAUAUGAAAAAUCUAAUAAUGAAACAUUAAGUGGAAUUGAGGUUUCAAAAGUUUGUUACUUUAUACAUGGUGUCUUAUCAUUUGUACUUCAACAACGUCAAUUUGGUGAUUUAUUAAUAACCAUAAAAAGACAACAAAUAACACAAUUUAAAUCAUCUUGUAGAUAUGAAUUAUUUAAGAAUGGUUUACUUUUUAUUUUAAUUGGUAUUCCUUUAAAUUUAAUUAAUAAAUAUAAAUCAUUUAAAAAUAUGAUUUUAAAUUCAAGAAAGAAUACAAAUGAACCAUCAUCAGAACCACAAAAAGAAGAAGAACAAAGACAACAACAAUCAAAAAUAAAUUUUUUUUUUAAUUCUAUAAUUAUUUAUUUCUUUAAAAAUAAUAAUAAAUGGAGAUAUCCAUUGCAAGUAUCAAUUGCGUCAAUAACAGUGACAAUUCCAUUUCAUUAUUUCCAAGGCCAACAAUAUAAAGAAUUAGAACUUUAUGGUGUUUGGGCAUGUGCAACCGUUGUUUUAGUAAUGGUACCAUCAUGUGGUGCGACAAUUUAUAGAGGAUUUCUUAGAUUUGGUGCAACAAUUGUAGGUGCUUUUCUUGGAUUUCUUAUAUCACUUCUUUGUAGUAUAAUACCAACACCUGGUAAAGAGAUUAUAAUUCUAUUAUUUAUUUUCAUAUUCGUUUAUAUGAUGUCUUUUAUUCAACAAGAUCAGAGAUAUUCUUACGCAGGUGCAGUUUCUAGUCUAACAUUUUUAAUUAUUGUUCUUGGUCAACAUAAAUCAAAUUCUUUUGAUUAUAUGUAUCCCGUUUUAAGAGCCUUUCAUAUUACAUUAGGUAUAAUUUGGGUUAUUAUCAUUGGUUUAUUUAUAUUUCCUUAUUUUACAUACAAAUCUACAAGAAUUAAAAUUUUUAAUAUUACAAAUUCAAUAACUGAUACAUCAAUAAAUAUUAUAGAAAAAGGUUUAAGAAUGAAUGAAUUAAUUGAAAUUAAUAAUUUAAAUUUAAAUUUAAAUUUAAAUAAUAAUAAUAAUAAUAAUAAUAACAAUAAUAAUAAUAAUAAUAAUAAUAAUAAUAAUAAUAAUAAUAAUAAUAAUAAUAAUAAUAAUAAUAAUAAUAAUAAUAAUAAUAAUUAUUUAAAUUAUAAUAAUGAAAAAAAGGAAAUAAUUGAUUUAAUUUUAAGUGGUAAAGGUUUUGGUUUACCAAAUGAUUUAAUUAAAAUAAUAGAUAAUGAUGAAAAACUUUUAGCUAAAAAUAGAGAAUUAAAAAAGAAAGAAAUUAUUGAAUCUAUAAGAUCAAUUAGAAUUGAUAUUGGUCAAAUAAAAUCCUCAUUAUAUGAUAUCAAAUCUGAAAUGGUAUUUGUUUCACCAUUAAAAGUAAAUAAAUACUCUUCAGUAUUUGAAAAGUUGAAUGAUUGUCUUACAAAGUUAGUUGUAUUAGAAAAUUCAUUCGAUCCAAUUUUUUGUGAUAUCAUUAUAUUAUCUACACUUUUUAAAGUUUCAGCGCCAUUAAAUCAAUUCUUUCAGCAAUUGAAUAAAUCAAAAUCUGAAUUUAAUCAAUUAAAAAUUAACAGUGAUGAUAGUAAACAAUGUAAUGCUGACUUUUUUUUACAAUCUUCAUUAUCACUCCAAUCAUUUCAAACAAAAAUUAAUGAUGCAUAUCAAUCAAUUAGAGUUUAUUAUCUAAAAGAGAAAAUUUUUCACAAUUUAUAUCCAGAAAUGAUUCAAUUUGGAUCUGGUUUUUUAUCAAUUCAUCAUUUCAUAAACUCUUAUGUCCAACUAUUACAAGAUUUAAGUUCAAUAAGAAAAGAAAAAAGUUAUUUUAAAUCAAUUUUUAGAAUUAAACAUUAA